UUUUACAGCUACCCAUUUAGCAAUUACAAAUAUUUCCCCUUACUUAUAGGACAGCAGAUAUGAAGACCCCCUUUAUGCAUCCCAGUUCCUGAAUGCAUUUGUCAUUAAAAGGAGGUGGAGAGAGUGGGAGGGGGCUGUCAAUAAUUUAGUAUAUAACACCCAUUCUCAACGUGACCGCUCCAAAGCAGACUGUGUAAUACUGGGCAUUGAAUGUACAGAGUAAGCAACAAGAAACUACAGCAAGAAUUUAGCUUUUAAACAAAAUGUCUAUCACAUGGAGUUUGAUGAACAUUUCAAAAGGACAGCAGUUUUCCCUAAUGCUGUGUGUGCUGUGUUUGAUUGUUCAAUGGAAUUGCCAAUGUUCAGGACAAGAGCAAGCUACAAAUUCAACCAGAACUCCAGCAAUGAACAAUAGUGUAACAGAUGAAAGUGCAUUCAAUACUUCCACUGAAAAUUCAACUAACAGAUCAAUAACAGAUGGUCAGGUCAGUGCCGCUGUGACACUACAUGGACAUGAUCACACUGAAGCUACUCCGCGUCCUAUAACAAAUUCACCUCCUCUCAUUGGGAAAAAUGGAUCAGCAAAAGGCAAGCAGACUGCUAAGGAACAUUCCAAACCUGGCUCCCCUAAGGUGCUAAUCUCAUUACUUGUCAGUGGAUUGCUUCUUGCUGCAAUGAUUCUGGUUGCAUACUAUCAGAUGAACAAGCGGUCCCAGAGCCCACAGAGCAAGAGACUGGAUGAGGAGCCCGAUGCACAGGAUCAUGAUAGCACAAUGUUUUCUGUUGCUCCAGAGGACCAAUCAGAUGCACAUGAGAAGCCAAAACUGAAUGGAGAGGCACAGGAGAAUGGGGAGAACCAAAAAGCUACAGCAGGAGAGCCGACAGGAAAUGGUCACCAGAGGAAAGAAGCAGACACAGAACUCUAAUGCACAACGGAAAGAAAUGGAGGUGUCAUUGUCCGAUUCUCUAAAUUAUGACCCUAUGCCAGGUACUAUACAUUUGGCUUACAGAACUGAAGAUGUCUUUUAAUUGUAAAAUGAAAUUAACAGUUGCAAGGCUGCCCUUGUACUCUUUGACCUGGUUUACAAUUUGCUGUUCAUAAAAGUGACGUGCAAAUUGAUUUUUCAGUGGUAGGUGGUGAACCUUGCAGUUAAAAUAAGCUUCAGCACAAGAUAACAAGGUGAUUGAGUGCAUAUGCAAUUAAUGGUUGCUGGUGUAGUGGGUCAUAAAAGGCAGGAUAUAAUUAAUUAGGGUAAUGUGCAGGAUGAAUUUCUACAUUGAGCACUGAUUCAAUACCAUCACCUCAUGUUUAGUUAGUGAAAUGUUCUGUUUUCCCCAUCAGUGAGAUGCCUCAACUUGAUGAGUUGAUUUCCAGUUGGAAUAACGGCUUGUCAGAUCACAUUAGGUGCAUUCAGACACAAACAUAAGUUAAUCAGAUAUGCAUUCAUUCAAAUGGCUGUUUCCCUGUUGUACGACCAGCUUUGGAAGUGAAGUCAACUACAUUUCAUCCUCGUUAUCCACUGAUAUGCUACCCACAAAUCCACACAUUUUGCGAAGGAGGCCCCAGACCCCAUCAAUUUAUUUUUCCUCAUUGACUCAUCCGGUCUGAUCUCGCAGUCCUUCGUGGUACGUAGGAAAGGUAUCCACGUCUUGUAAUCUGUGGGGAGUCCGUGCCCCUAACCCUCGCAGUAACGAGGAUGAAGUGUACUGAAACUGCUAAAUAGACAAGGGAACAUUGUAAAGAAAAAUGUUACUUUGUGCAAUCAAAAUAUGCAUUAAAAAGGCCUUUUGUGGCUUGAGGUGUAAUGUUAUAGUUUCACCAGCAUCCCUCGCUCCCCAAACACCACAUCCCACCGAUGUCACCAUUCCGGCAGGGACGUGUCUAAACUGUCUCUUGGUAGUCAUAUUACCAAAUAGCAAAUUCACGUAUUGUGUGCAAACAUAAACAAUAGAGAAAUGCAAUUCUCUUGAUUACGUGGAUAUGAUGGGUCGAAUGGCCUCCUCCCUGCUGUAAUCAUUCAAAGGCUUUAAGUACUGUUUUUUUUUAAAAUUGAGUAAUGAGCCCGUUAUUCAUGGGUGUAAGGGAAUUACAUAAAGAUCCACGAAAGUCUACCAAUACAUGAAACCAUUAGCUGCACCCUUACUUUAAGUGACUAGAUUCUGUAAAAGGGUUUCAAAUGUCAUGAAGAAAACGAUGCAAGUGAUGGAAGUGAAUGAAAUGCUGGCUGGUUGACAAAUGGAAAUAAAGUGGCUUUAAUAAGAAUUCACAGCAAUCAACUAGAUACAUCCUACAUAUUAUUAGGUGACAUCUUAUUAUCCACAGUACAUUAGCCAGAUUUCAAAUAACUGUCCUCAACAAUCUUACAUUAACUAUGCCUUUUCACCAAUUUCACUGCAAAUAUUAUUUGAGAGUGUCUGCUGUGUUUACAAUCUGACUUACACCAUAAACUUUCAACUUAAAUCUUCACUUAUCCAAAGUGCUGUCAGCUUUAGGAAACUUGGGAAAGGUUCACCUCAGUUAACUACAUUGCGUUCUGCAAAUAUUUAUCUGCAUUAAUGUCAGAGGGGUGUUUGUGCCAUUUUUCUGAGUCCCCCUAUUUGAUGGACCAAUACCUCAAUUGGUUUACAUUAAGGCUGCCUUCAAUAGUGUGUGACCCAUACUUCUGGAAUUUGUGACACAAACUUCCCACUACCACUAACACAAAGAAAGAUUUAGAGAGACCUGUUUGUUUUUGAAUGAAAUGUUUUACCAAAAACUCAACUCAUUCUGAGAGCUGACCUAUAGUACCAGAUCUUGUGACUAUAAGCAGAUUGGAACUGCAGUACUUUCUACAUAUAACUGUCCAUCGUGGAGCCAUAAAUAUGUUAUAGUAUAGUGGAAAGUUAGUUUCUAACCAUCACUUUAGAAUGUUAUAGAUUAAGUAUAUAAGAUAACUUAAUGACCACAAUAUAUUUUUCUGUACUAUGUUAAUACUAUACAAUGUGAUCAUGUAACCAAUGGCAUUAGUUACAUCCAAUGUGAUCUAGCAGGAAUAAAUAAAACAGAUGGUUAGUGCCUUAAAUCACUGAACUAUAUUUUAAAAUGGUGAAUUUAUUUUCUUUAGCAGAUCGGAAGGGGAAUUAAAAUCCUAAUAUAAUCGAUUUCUUGUGCAGGAUUUUAGUAUCCCUCAAAACUGAAAAGUGGAUGCAGUGUUUAUCGUAUUUGAUAAUUGAAAUACAGUAAAGUGUUAGUACUUUUACACCUUGCUACUGACAGCACAUACUUCAGACUUUUCAGCAACAUAUCAAUGCUUGCCUCUAAAAUUUGACUUUCAGACCAGAUUUUAGAAUUUUAAAAUAUGAGAUACCCUGUGAAAAAUAUUUCACUUUUCUAUGGGUGCAUUUGUUUUUAAAAAAGCAUGUUACACACACGUUUUGAUUAAACAAUGUUUUGUCAUUUUUUAAGGAAAAAUAGUGUGUAUAAUCAUGUUCAUAUGUUUUGCCUCAGCUUGCAGUUUUUCUAUGAUUGCUGUGUUAAGAUUACUAACAUACAACAGUUCACUGUGGUAAGAUGUCUAAAAUGUUAACGUUUGUCUGAUAUCUACGAUUUAUACUUCUAAUCAAAAAUAAUAAAAGUUGGUUAAACCAA